AUGGAUGCAUUCCAAGUCAAGAUCCCUUCUCUACCGAUAUUCUACACGCCUGGUCAGACUGGGAAUCUUGCAGGCUAUAGACAACAAAAAAUAUUUUCUAGACCUCACCCCAAUGAAACUUACAGCCCUGCUACCUCAAUUCCAUCACGGGGCCGUCCCAAGCGCAAAGCUGCAGAGGACCAGGAUUCUCCAGUGAAAAAAAUCUGCGAGAAUUCAGGAAGAACUGCUGUUAUCGCCAACCAACGGGCAGAGUUCAUUGGAAGCCCACCAGAACCACUCUCACCAUCAAAGCGGCUUAACAGAGAAGACCAAGCCAGGAGCUGCAACGCAUUCAAUACCAUCGAGUCGGAAUGGAUGGCAUCCAGUUCUUCCCAGACACCGACGGAGUGUGAUAAAUGGCAAAGUACCUCGAGGUGCCCUUCAUGUUAUAGCUCUGCCCCCGAGCAAUUAUACCUGCUGGGCAGCCAGCCCAGGCCCAAGCCUCUGGCAACAGUAGAACUGAUACUGUCAAUACUGAGAUCGCGGGAUAUCACACUCGGCGAGUUUCUCAUUACGCUUUUUGGGGAUACCACGCACUUAAGUACAUCAGCAAAGGAGAUGCUCAAGUGGUUCAUAGGGGGACGUACCGUGAAGAACCACCCUGUUGACAUCGUCCAUGCAUUAUACAGUCAUCCAUGGGCCCGGCCCCAGCAAUCGUAUGAACCCACCUAUGACACACUGCCAGAAUACGCUAUUCCAAUGAUGAGUUCUCAGCCAGGAACUCAUUCAGACAUCAAGAACACGUACAGCAAGCUACAGGAGUACUUUAUUGCACGCGUUGUUGACCGGCUGGAGACAGAAGUCAGGGCUCUUCUCAAAAGCCCUUACUUGCGUGCAAGAGACACCGCGACAAGCCGAUUUAGCUGGGAUACGGUCCUAGACUUCUCUGUUAACACAGUCCAGAAGAUGGCCCUCAGCGUCGCACCUGUGACCUGGAUGUUGUUAACAUGGAUUGCAGUUGGUGGGGAGAGGGCGGAGCAGCUGAAAGAAGCGAAAUUAAGGGACUCUGGGAAGGGACGUGGGUUGAAUCACGUACGAGAUCCCUAUUUAGGAUGCACCGUUGUGCUGAUGGUGCUGUUGUACUUUCGUAAUAAAGGGUUAAACAAAUUCCAGAGCAUCAUGGGAUUACUCAUGUUCUCUGAGAAUUCUUCAAAGUCAUUACAAUCCAUCACUGGCCGCAUCGGACUUGCAGUCGCGAAUAGCUCAACUCUUCAGCGCUUAUACUCAAUGAGCGCGGUUGCAUCCGAGAAAAUUCGCAACAUAGGGGCUAACUGGGUCAACAAGCUGGCUUCAUUCCAUGUCGUUUAUGAUAACAUCAAUCAGUACCAUAAAGACUGGCGGCCAUCCCUCUCUUCACAAACAUGUAUGGAAAGUGGGACUGCUGCCACCUUGAUCAUGCAGCCUGGCGUGGCUGCAGAUGCUUUCGAUGGUUUUGAAUAUGAGGAACGCCGGCGGCACGUCAAACGUGAUGACAUCACGUUAACGAGGAUUUGGGAUGACGUUGACCGCAAGCACCUGGAAAACGUCUGUGUCAUCAACAUACUGUACUAA